AUGCGAUGCGUUCGAUGCGCGAGAGCUCAGCGACAUCCAGGGCCGCCAUGGCAGCUGCAUUUGCAACGGCUGCCACGGCCACCGCCUCCCCGCGAACUCCUGUUGGCACUGUCUUCUUCAAAGGAGUGCCGCAGCCAAGCCCUUACAGCUGCACUCAAACGCAAGAGGCGAGGUUGGAGCAGCGGUUGGACUACAGACGUCCUGGCACAUUGUGGGACAGAGCGAGUGGAAAGCAUUGUGGACUUCCUGCGGGUGGCCCAUGUGCAGAGGAUCCCGAUCCAUGCGUUCCACUGCAUUAGCGCAAUGAGCUUGUGCUCCCAAGCCAGCUUCUGGCGCGACGCGCUUGAGAUCUUCUGUCUCUUCUCGAAAGUUUCUAGCCUUCAUCCCUUGGCCGCGAACUCCCAGCUUGCUGCCCUUGCAGAGGGUAGUCUCUGGCAGCAAGCUUUGCUUACCCUGCAGGAGAUGCAGGAUGCAAGCCUUCGGGCCACUACAGUCACUUUCAGUUCGGCAAUCAACGCCUGUGCAAAAGCGGCAGCUUGGCAAAGAGCCCUGCAUCUGGGCAUUGACAUGGCGAGACAGAACGUGUCGAGGAAUACCAUUGCCUACAAUGCCAUGAUGACCAGCUGUGCAAUGAGUACACAGUGGGCAGAGGCGUUGUCUCUAUUUGCGGAGAUGAUUUCUGCCGGCAUUGCGAGGACAAGCAUUUCAUACAAUGCAGCUAUUACGGCAUGUGAAAGAGCAGCUGAUUGGAAGGCCGCGCUUCACCUGUUCGGCCUUUGCCUUCGAAGUGGUGGAGCAGAUGUGAUCAGUUGCAGCGCGGCGAUUAGUGCCUGCGAGAAGGCCGCCCAAUGGCGCCAGGCCCUUUGCUUGCUUGAGAUCUGGCGGCUGCAGCGCCAGCGAGCAUCUCAUGCUGUCAACCUUCCUGACAGCUUCAAGACCACCUACUUCGAGUUUUGGGAUCCUGAGAACUCGACGAUUGUUUUCGCCAUUCGGGGAACCAACUCCAUGCUCGAUGUUCUGGAUGACUUGAACAUUUGGGGUCCUGCUGCGAUCAUGCAAGCCUUCAGCUUGGCCGGCCGAAGCCUCGGAAGCCUCGGAAGCCUCGGUCCGCUGCUGGCGAUGCAGCCAUUUGCACGUGUGUCUGAGAGCGUGUGCCGCAGCCUAGAUGCGGCUUUUGGUCUGGAUGGUCUUGGUCUUCUUUGUGUCACCGGUGAUCAGGACUUCCAGGCCAAAGUCCGUCAAAUGCGCGACGAGCUGCUUCCGCUGGCCACACGCUUGGGGAGGCUGUCUGAGGAAGCAAAGGAGCAGCUGAUCGGCAGCAUUGAUGGGAAUCGAACGGGUUUCUACUUCCACCCCGCCUUGGACAAUCCAGCAGAUUGCCUGCCGCCAGAUGUGCAAGCCGAGCCGACUUUCUACACACGAAACCUAUGGCCCGACACGGACCUGCCGGAGCUGCGGCACCAGGCACGCGCUGCGGCCCCGUGGCUGGUGUCGGUGGCCCGGCGCUUGGCGGCAGCUGUGGACGAGCGCUGCACCAAGGCAGUUGCAGGCUACCAGCCCGGUACUUUGACGCGCCUCAUUGGCCCUGCGCAAAACUGCAACCAUAAGUGUCGGCUGAUAUGCUAUCAUGACUUUGAGAAUGCCGAACAGCGUGCGGCUUCCAAGGGCAUGUGGGCACCUCCGCACAAGGACACGGGUCUUCUCACAGUCUUGGUGCCUGGCAUCUUUCUAGAUCAGUCUGGUGAGAGACUGCAGCAGUCUCCGGAUCCAGAAGUUGGUUUAUAUGUGCGGGACAGGAAGGGUCGCAUCAUGCAGAUCUGCAUGCCCGCCGGAGUUGGUGAAGGUCUUUUCUUUCAGGUGGGCGAAGCACUCCAAGUGGUGUCUGGCGGGCAUUACCAUGCCACGGAGCACUGUGUCCGCGGGCCAGCGCAGGCCAGCAGAGGUUAUGAACGUGCCUCCUUGGCGAUUUUUCUGCAACCACAUGCGCAUGAGGAAUUGCCAAUACCAGAAGGCAGCUCUAUGCAGCAGGUUGCAGAUCGUGCAUAUGAUGGACUCUUCAGGAUGUUCUUGCUGUACCAGCCAAGUGACGCGAAAGGUCCUUCUCUCUCCAGUGCGGUGGCCGAGUCCGUGGCGCUGCUGUCCACGGUAAUGUAUGGCGAAAGCAUGCAGAAGCAGUACUUCUCCGACUUGCUGGCACACGUUCGGAGUCGCACGACUCAGCUGCCAGACAGGAGGUUCUACAUCACAGGCCACUCCUUGGGUGGAGGUUUAGCCAAGCUCGUGGCGGCCAAGACCCACAUGCAGGCCGUGACCUUCAUGGCUCCAGGUCUUGGCACCACAAGCUACGUAGUGUACAGGGAGCACAUGCUAGAGGAGCUUCGACAUAUCUCGCUAACAAUCAUGCCCGAGAACGACGUGGUGUCAAGGGUGGACACACAGACCGGCAUCACCAUCAAGACUGACUGCGAUGGAAACCCAUUGCAUUGUCACCAGCUAUAUUCCACAAUCUGCACUCUGCUGCAAACGUGUGGGUCUGGCAGAGCGGGGGAGGCUGCUUUGGCGCUUCCCUGCGGUGCGUGUGAGAACAUGCCGUGUCCAUCGGCACACCUUCGACUUCCCCGCGAGGAGUGCGAGGACGAGUCAGCUGCGAGCCAGCUAGGAACAGCUGCGGCUUGGGCUGACUGCCUUUGCUUCACCUGUGCAGCUGAAGACAAGAUCGUUUGCGUGCUUCGGAGUCGAAGAUGUGGCGGCAAGUGGUCACAGAGCUCCAGGUUGCCAAAUAUGGAGAAUCUGCCUGCUGCGAUUCGACAGAUGGCUGAUGGAGCUCCAGCCUCAAAGCGACAGAAAACGGAGUCGGCUGGUGAAGCAGGCGCCUUUGGAACCUCUUUUGGGGGUGCAGGUUCCAGUUUUUCGGCAGGACCCAUGGCAUCGAUAUCUCAAGCGGAUGCCAUGGCAACACUAUUGGCCAUGACCAACGGUGGUGUUGGUGGGAUGCCUGGCAUGGCCAUGGCCCCCACAUUUCCCAUGUCCCCCAUGGCGCACGCGCACGUGGCGGGUGUGGCUUCCUCUAUGCCGUCCGCACCAUCGAUGGCCGCAGCUCCGAGACCUGUCCAGCGGUCGGCACGGGUCGCAGCUGGGCCCGUGCCCGGUGUCAUCGCCAAGCCGGCUGUGCGUGCAGCGGUCCCAGCAGACCCUCGAAGCCCCACAGAGAUCAAAGAGGAGCUGCUCCGGCAAGGGAUCGACGUGAAGGGCUUAACGUCUACACGAGAGAUACAGAACAAGCUACAUGAGACGGAAGCAAAUGUCAAGCGAGCAGAGGCUACUAAGCGUCUCGAUCGGCACCCUGACCAGAAGCUCCUAUCUUGCUUUACCGAAGGCCUGGCACCGGGGCAGGAUGCGAUGCUGAAGAUGCUUGAAAGCGGCUCAGAUCCCAACACGAUGUCAGAAGGAAGUGGGAGUGGCUUCGCAGUCGGGAUGACUCCUUUGCUUGCAGCUGCCAGUUGGGGGAAGGUGGACGAGGUGCGGCUGCUCAUUGCAGCAGGAGCGGACCUCAGGGUCCGGACGCCCAACAUGAGCCAGACGGCGAUGCACCUCGUGGCCGGCGGCAACAUCGAGUCCUGGGGUGUCGAGAAGACCAUGGGUCUCCUUCGCCUUCUGGUCCACAAGGCUCCUGAACUGCUUGCGGAGAAGAACGCCUUGGGCAAGACUCCGCUGGAUUGUGCAAAAUACGAGAAGAAGCGCCAGCAAGCUGCCUACCUGGCGAGCCUUCCGCGUUGA